GCCGGCGGCCCAUGAGCCCCGGCCUCAAAGUUUGCGGCGGGCGGGCGGGCGCGGAGCCUCCAAGAUGCCGUUCCACCCGGUGACGGCGGCGUUGAUGUACCGGGGCAUCUACACCGUGCCCAACCUGCUGUCGGAGCAGCGUCCCGUGGACAUCCCCGAGGACGAACUGGAGGAGAUCCGUGAGGCCUUCAAGGUGUUUGACCGUGACGGCAAUGGCUUCAUCUCCAAGCAGGAGCUGGGCACGGCCAUGCGCUCCCUGGGCUACAUGCCCAACGAGGUGGAGCUGGAGGUUAUCAUCCAACGGCUGGACAUGGACGGUGAUGGCCAAGUGGACUUUGAGGAAUUUGUGACCCUCCUGGGACCCAAGCUCUCCACCUCGGGGAUUCCAGAGAAGUUCCACGGCACUGACUUUGACACGGUCUUCUGGAAGUGCGACAUGCAGAAGCUCACAGUGGACGAGCUGAAGCGGCUGCUCUACGACACCUUCUGCGAGCACCUGUCCAUGAAGGACAUAGAGAACAUCAUCAUGACGGAGGAGGAGAGCCACCUGGGCACGGCCGAGGAGUGCCCCGUGGACGUGGAGACCUGCUCCAACCAGCAGAUCCGGCAGACGUGCGUGCGCAAGAGUCUGAUCUGCGCCUUCGCCAUCGCCUUCAUCAUCAGCGUCAUGCUCAUCGCGGCCAACCAGGUGCUGCGCAGUGGCAUGAAAUAGGCGCCACCUGGGGCCACUCCACACCUCCGCCGCCUGCAGCCCUCUCCCUCAGCCAGCUCCCUGGGCCACUUCAGGGCCUGGACGUCCAGUGACCCCACCCCACCUGCCCCAUGGGCCUUGCAUGGAGCUGUGGCCUGGCUGCAGAGGGCCUGGCAGCGGCUCUGAGGAUGGCCCCCGCCCCCCGCCCCCUGCCGUGCUCUCACCCUGGCCUGUAUGUAGCGCUAACUCCCCACUGUCCAGGGGCUCCUGGGAAAUUAAGGAGGGAUUUGUACAGGAAGCCCCGGGACCCAGUUGCUGUGGUGGUUCCUGAGGGAAGAGGGGCCCCUGUGCCCAGAGAGGGCAGCCGCCUGCCCAGGACCACACAGCCAACCCCAGCCCUGGUUCCUGAGCUUAGCCCAGGGCUCUGGGCAGGGCAGGGGCAGGCCUCCUCCUGGGUCCCUUCCUCUGACCCUCUUAGACCCAGCCCUCCUGCUCCACGCACCCUCUGGGGCCAGAGCCGGCCCAUUUCACAGGUGAGGAGCCUGAGGCUCAGAGGGCCCGAGAUUCGGCUUCAGUUCCCCCUUCAACAGGGAUUUUCAGGAAGGGCAGAAGUUCAUGGCAUCUAAGGUGACCCUGCAGUCUCCCCACCUUCUGCCAUGCCCCCCACCAGAGGCCCAGCCACCUAGGGCCACAUUGCCACCACCCCAGCACAGAACCUAGAACCGUAGUCCAACUGAGGAAGGAAGCAGAGCUGAGGCCGAAUAGCCCAGCAGCCUGUGUGGUCCCCGCCAGCCAGGGGGCUCCUCCAGGGCUGAACCUUGGGAGGGCCCUCGCGCCACCCGGGGCUGAGGAGCUGGCACAGCCAGGGCCACGAGGCUCCGCCAGGCUGCGCUCCCAAGCCUGGGGCUGCCCCCGACUUCUCUCCCCCUUGAGGUUGGAGACCAGCUGCUGUCCCUGCCCAGCUGUGCCAUCCCAAACACUUGGGCACAGCUCACCUGGGCAGAUGUGGGGGCUGUGAAUUCCACCCGGGCUGGGAUGGCAGUGGAGCCCUUGGGCUCCUCUCAGACCUGGAGCCACUUCUCAGCGGGCGACAGGCACAGCCACACCGGCGCACCUCUGCCUGGCCGUGCUGAGCCUCCGCUGGUCCCGAGGGAGGAGGGCAGCGAGCACGGACCACCCUGGAAGGACCACCCCUCGUUCCAGCCCUGCCCAACCUCUGAGAGGGGCUGGAGAGCGGAGCUCAGAGCCCCGGGCAGGGGCAGCACCGCCAGACCACCGUGGUGACAGACAGGACUUUCUUUAUCAACAUCUGGGAGGUUUCUCAUCCAUCCUCUUAAGACGUCACAUGAGUUGGGGGGCGGGAGGCCCGGCCGACAGUCUCAGGGGCUCCCUGGGUGCAGCACGAAGGGGCUUGGCUUCCCCGUAGCUUUACUGUGACUGAUGAGAGACCUGACCAGGCGGGGGUCAGGCCGGGAUGGGGGCUCAGCCCCACUGGACUCUGGGCUGCAGGGGCCACCCCCCAGGUGGGGGUGCCCGCAGGGAUGGGGGCAGCUCCUGGACUGGCGGCCAGCCCACAGGAUACUGGAAGAUGGUGGCUCUGGUGCGUUCGGCCCUAGAGAAAGGAGAGGGGCAGAGGAUUAGAGUGGGACACAGCCCAGGCCCAGGCUGGGGCGCCCCGCACCCCAGCUCACCCGCCCCACCACCCUGGCUGUGCAGAGGGUCAGCUGCCUACACGACCUUUCUGGAAAACACACAGACCCUUUGAGCCAGCAACCUCACCUCUAGGAACUGAGCCCAAGGAACUAGCGGGGUUGUAGGCAGAGACUGCGCUACGAGAAUGGCCGUGAGACAAUGGAAAUGACCUUAGUGUCCACGCGUGGGGACUGACUAAAUACACAUGCACGUCCACAGCGGAGAAUGCUAUGUCGCCUGCAUAGAAAUUAAGGCAGAUUUAUUCGCACUGACAGGGAAAGACACACUGUGUGAGCAGGGAGAGAAAAGCAGCUUAUAAAAUAAUGUAUAUAGCAUGAUACUAUUUUUGUUUAAAGAUAUAUAAAAUAUAUAAAUGCAUA